AUGUCUUCGGAGGCCAAUGGAAGUGAACGGGAAGGCGGUGAUAUCAAUAGGAUUGUCACUCAAAGGGUUGGUAAGCGUGAAGACUACAUCUCAUGGGACGAGUACUUCAUGGCAGUGGCCUAUCUGUCAGCCAUGAGGAGCAAAGACCCGAACAGUCAGAUCGGCGCCUGUAUUGUGAACGAAGACAACAGGAUUGUGGGCAUUGGCUAUAAUGGGAUGCCCUCUAUGCCCACCCAUUGCAACGAUGAUGAGUUGCCAUGGAAUCGCACCGCAGAUAAUAUACUGGACACGAAGUACCCGUAUGUCUGUCACGCCGAGAUGAACGCCAUCUUAAAUAAGAACAGUUCAGACGUGAAGAAGUGCACCAUUUUUGUGGGUCUCUUCCCAUGCAAUGAAUGCGCGAAACUUAUCAUCCAAUCGGGGAUCACAAGAGUGGUCUACAUGUCUGACAAAUACGAAGACAAACCAGAGUUCAUAGCAUCCAGACGUUUGCUGACAAUGGCUAGGAUUAAGCUGGAACAGUUCACCACCAAUAACACCCAGAUAGUUAUUGACUUAACCAAACUUAAUCAUUGA